AUGGAUUUUCUCCGUUACCUCUUUGGAUGCAAAGGGCAGAGCGGAUAUGGAUCGUCAACCACAGCGGAGCAAGUCGCUGACGGCAUUUCUUUGUCCUCCUACACCGCCAUUGUGACUGGAGCAACAUCUGGCAUUGGAGUAGAAACUGCAAGGGUGCUAGCAAAACAAGGCGCUUGUGUGGUUAUUCCCGUGCGGAAGCUCCAAUCCGGGGAGGAAGUGCGAUGCAAAAUCUUGCAAGAGUUUCCGGAUGCAAAUGUUGCCAUCUUAGAGCUUGAUCUGAGCUCCCUCAAAUCCGUGCGGAAGUUUGUGGCCAAUUUCAAAGCUCUUAAGCUCCCUCUCAACAUUCUCAUAAACAAUGCAGGAAUUGCUGCUGGAAAAUUCGUUCUGUCGGAAGAUGGUCUUGAGCUAGAUUUCGCAACAAAUUAUAUGGGCCAUUUCCUGCUAGUUGAGCUGCUAAUAGAGGAUAUGAUCAAAACGGCAAGGGAGAGUGGCAAGGAGGGAAGGAUCGUAAUCGUGUCUUCAGAGGCGCAUAGGUUCACACCAACUGGUGGAAUAGCCUUGGACAAGAUAAACGACAAAAAAAGCUUUUGGUAUGCGACCUCUUAUGGUCAAUCGAAACUGGCAAACUUGCUCCAUUGCAAGGAGCUCUCCAAGAGGUUACAGGAAAUGGGAGACGUCAAUGUAACAGUCAAUGCUUUACAUCCGGGUAGCAUCAGCACUGGCAUUGGACGUGAUUUCAACGCAUUGUUCACAAGGACAAUAUUUGCAUUGGGAUCUCCAUUCCUGAAAAACGUUUCACAGGGAGCUGCUACAACGGUUUAUGCUGCAGUUCAUCCGUCACUCAAAGGUAUCAGUGGCAAAUACCUUAUGGAUUGCAAUGAAGCGGAUUGUCACGCUAAUGCAAAGGACAUGAAACUGGCCAACAAGCUCUGGGCGUUUAGUAUGACCUUUUUAUCAUCUCUUAGCUGAUCAGA